AUGAAACAACUCGCGUCGGUUACAUUUUUAGCCCUUCUCCUGCAAUCCAGCUCAGUGGAUUGCACAACGCAGCAUGGAUUCCAACUUCCUGCUCCAAUCGCGAAUUUGGAUGAUGCAAUAUUCACCGGCACAUUCGUCGGUGACACGGCGCAAUUUCUCGGCAUUCCGUUCGCUCAACCCCCCAUCGGAAGCCUCCGUUUGCAGGUCCCACAACCCUUGCCCCCUUAUCAGGGCCAGCACACUGCAAGCACCUAUGGUCCAGCCUGCCACCAGCAUGGAUCCUCGAUACAACGAUGGAUAGUACCAGGGACAACUGAAACAAGCGAAGAUUGCCUUACACUCAAUGUCUUCACGCCUGCCGUCAAGCUCCCUGGGUCAACAUUGCCUGUAAUCGUUUUUUUAUUCCCGGGUGCUUUCGAAACCGGCAGUGGUAAAUCAGGAUUCGAAGAUGUCCUAGUUAGCAGAUCUGUGCUUUUGGAUGAACCUGUUAUCUAUGUCAGCUUGAACUAUCGGUUGAGCGCUUGGGGAUUCCUAGCGAGUGAAGAAGUCAAGCGGGCUGGCACAGGAAACCUUGGACUCCGAGAUCAGCGACUUGCGCUUCAUUGGGUGCAGAAGUAUAUCAGUGCAUUUGGAGGUGAUCCGGCAAAGGUAACCAUAUGGGGCGAAAGUGCUGGAGCAAUAUCCGUUGCUCUCCAGAUGCUUGCAUAUGACGGUAACAACGAAGGUCUCUUUCGCGCGGCAUUCAUGCAGUCAGGAUCCCCGACACCAAUGGGCGACAUCACCCACGGCCAACGUUAUUACGAUUUUAUUGUUGACAAAACAGGGUGCAAAGGGUCGAACGAUACCUUGGAAUGCUUGCGAGGAGUACCUGGAGAUGUUCUACAUGCUGCCGUGGACAAAACACCGUCCUCCUCAUCUUACCAGGCACUUGCUUUGGCUUGGAUGCCAAGGGCAGAUGGAAUUUUCUUGACGGAUAACUUUCAACGUCUCGUCAAGGAGGGAAAAAUUGCAAACGUACCUUUCAUUACAGGUAGCUGCGAUGACGAGGGCACAUUAUUCUCCUUCAGUACUACUAAUAUCACCACCAGCGAAGACUUUCGUGGAUACUUGGAAACGUAUUGGGCGCCCAAUGCAACAAAUGAGGAGAUUGAUGGCAUCUUGGACAUGUAUUCCGAAGACCCAAUCAAAGGGUCCCCGUUUGACACUGGAAACUUCGACAAGCUGACCUCUCAGUUCAAGCGCAUCGCCGCUUUCCAAGGGGAUUCAGUGUUUCAAGCGCCGAGGCGUUUCCUUCUAAGUGAGCGGUCGGGGAAGCAAAAUACAUGGGCCUAUCUUAACAAAGGCCACAAGGCAGUUCCACUGCUGGGCUCGUUUCAUGGAUCCGACUUCGUUGAUGAGAUGUUGGGUGGAUCAGGGAGCCCGUUGGAUUACUUGAUUAGAUUUGCAGCCCACCUCGAUCCGAAUGCAAAUACCGGCAUUUUCUGGCCCCAAUACACUGCUGAGUCAAAGGAUAUGUUGAUGUUUGGGGAGUGGCCAUGGUCUCCGCCGACCAUCAUUCAGGACACCUAUAGGGAGGAGGCGAUGGAGUAUUUGAUCAACUUCGGUCUGGCUCACCCUCUUUAGCACUAAUUUGCUACAUAGCAAUACUCUUUGCUUGACAGUACUAGUGAAUUGUUCACCGUGUACAGACGCCAGAAGUAGUCUGGCGGCAGAAUGUAAUAUGACAUGG